AUGAUCCCUUCGGAGGAGGAGAAGCAGAAGAUCCAGGAGGCUCAGCUGGCCAACCCAGACGUCCCCCUGGGCUCAGCAGAACAGUUCCUCCUCACCCUGUCCUCCAUCAGCGAACUGUCAGCUAGACUACAGCUCUGGGCCUUCAAGAUGGAUUACGAAGCUACAGAGAAGGUGGGUGUGUGGAGAGAGUGGGUGUGGACCAUUAUGAGACAAGGUCGUCUCUGGCAGACAGCAGAGAGACUGAGACAAUUAUGAGACAAGGUCGUCUCUGGCAGACAGCAGAGAGACUGAGACAAUUAUGAGACAAGGUCGUCUCUGGCAGACAGAGAGACUGAGACCCUUAUGAGGCAAGGUGUCAGAGAGACAGAUACCAUUUUGAGACAAGGUCCUCUCUGGCAGAGACACAGAGACCAAUAUGAAACAAGGUCCUCAGAGAGACAGAGACCAUUAUGAGACAAGGUCUCAGAGAGACUGAGAAAUUGUUCAGUCAAACAUAUGACUGUGAAGGGAAGUUCAAAGACAAAAAAAUUGCAUCCCAAAUGGCACCCUAUUCCCUAUAUAGUGCACUACUUUUGACCAGGGCCCAUAGCGCUCUAUAUAGGGGAUAGGGUGCCAUUUGGGGUGCACAGAAACAGGGAAUGGAAAACAUGCCUGUACUCUGCUCCAGGAGCUGUGUUGUAAAGUUUACAGCCUUCCACAGGAUGCUGUGUCUUUCAUGUUUCUCUGUAAAGUUUACAGCCUUCCAUAGGAUGAUGUGUCUUUCAUGUUGUUCUGUUUAGUUUACAGCCUUCCACAGGAUGCUGUGUCUUUCAUGUUGCUCUGUAAAGUUUACAGCCUUCCACAGGAUGCUGUGUCUUUCAUGUUGCUCUGUAAAGUUUACAGCCUUCCACAGGAUGCUGUGUCUUUCAUGUUGCUCUGUAAAGUUUACAGCCUUCCACAGGAUGCUGUGUCUUUCAUGUUGUUCUGUUUAGUUUACAGCCUUCCACAGGAUGAUGUGUCUUUCAUGUUGCUCUGUAAAGUUUACAGCCUUCCACAAUAUGCUGUGUCUUUCAUGUUGCUCUGUAAAGUUGACAGCCUUCCACAGGAGAGACAGAAUUCCCGACCGCAGGUUUCGGCAUGGCAACGUUCCCGAGAGGCGCGGGAUGUCGAAGUGUGAUGUGCAGAGAGACACACACACACACACACCAAACACACACACACACACACACACACACACACACACCAAACACACACACACAUACACACACACACACACACCAAACACACACACACAUACACACACACACACACACACACCAAACACACACACACACCAAACACACACACACAUACACACACCAAACACACACACACAUACACACACCAAACACACACACACACACUUAGAGGAGAGCAUAACAUACCAUGCGGUAACAAAGGGCCAGGUAAUCAGAACCAUGUGUGAUAGUUACCAAAGCAGCCCGACACAAACCUUUAACCACCUUUUAUGUGACCGUAAAGAACCACAAAUGGACCACAGUGGGGAGUCAGUCAGUGCACCUGUUCCUGACUGGUUGACUAACAGGCCGCAGUCUCUAAUAACGAAACACUGUCAUCCUGAAACACCUUCAUCUAGCUGUUGUGUGUGUGUGUGUGUGUGUGUGUGCGUGCCUGUGUGUGCCUGUGUGUGUGUGUGUGUGUGUGUGUGUGUGUGCGUGCCUGUGUGUGUGUGUGUGUGUGUGUGUGUGUGUGCGUGCCUGUGUGUGUGUGUGUGUGUGUGUGUGUGUGUGUGUGUGUGUGUGCAUGCCUGUGUGUGUGUGUGUGUGUGUGUGUGCGUGCCUGUGUGUGUGUGUGUGUGUGUGUGUGCGUGCCUGUGUGUGUGUGUGUGUGUGUGUGUGUGUAGGAAGUAGCAGAGCCGCUGCAGGAUGUGAAGGAGGGGAUGGAGCAGCUGGAGAAGAACAAGACGCUCCGCUACAUCCUGUCUACGCUGCUUGCUAUAGGAAACUUCCUCAACGGCACCAACGUGAGUCUCUCUCUCUCUCUCACACACACACAUACACACGUUCAUCAGGAAGUGACGAUGACAGUGUUUACCAACAUUAAAGAAGGUCAUUUAGAGCAGUAUUUCCUGAAAGGUCACAGCCAGGUCAACCCGGUCAUUUAGAGGUCAGCCAGGUCAACCCGGUCAUUUAGAGGUCAGCCAGGUCAACCUGGUCAUUUAGAGGUCAGCCAGGUCAACCCGGUCAUUUAGAGGUCAGCCAGGUCAACCUGGUCAUUUAGAGGUCAGCCAGGUCAACCUGGUCAUUUAGAGGUCAACCAGGUCAACCCGGUCAUUUAGAGGUCAACCAGGUCAACCCGGUCAUUUAGAGGUCAGCCAGGUCAACCCGGUCAUUUAGAGGUCAGCCAGGUCAACCCGGUCAUCCACAUCUCUUCAUUGGUUACACUUCAUAAUAAAGUUAAAUAGUUACUACAGCUAUAGCUGACUAGUCUAGUUACUAGAUGUACUACUAACUAGUGCUACUAACUAGUCUGUUACUAACUACCUGUAUUGCCCUUCCCCCAGGCCAAAGGCUUUGAGCUGAGUUACCUGGAGAAGGUUCCUGAGGUGAAGGACACGGUUCAUAAACAGUCUCUUCUGCACCACGCCUGUUCUAUCGUGGUGGACAACUACCCUCAGAGCACUGACCUCUACUCUGAGAUCGGAGCCAUCACACGCUCUGCCAAGGUAUGGGACACACCAACACACACACACACACACACACACACACACACACACACACACACACCAACUACCCUCAGAGCACUGACCUCUACUCUGAGAUCGGAGCCAUCACACGCUCUGCCAAGGUAUGCUACACACACAUUGAUUGAUUGAUUGAUUGAUUCAUUGAUUUAUCCAUUGAUUCAUUAAUUGAUUGACUGAUUAGUUGAUUGAUUCGCUAAUUGCCUGACUGAUUAAUUCAUUCAUUAAUUAAUGGAUUCAUUAGGUUGUUGAUUGAUUGAUUGAUUGAUUAAUUGACCAACCGACCGCCCAACCGACCCGACAACUGACUGACUGACUGACUGACUGAUUGAUUGGUUGAUCAAUUAACCCUGUGUCUCUCAGGUGGACUUUGACCAGCUGCAGGACAACCUGACCAUGAUGGAGCGCCGCUGCAAAGCAUCCUGGGACCAUCUGAAGGUGAUCGCCAAGCAUGAGAUGAAGGCCACCCUGAAACAGAAGAUGUCUGACUUCUUGAAGGACUGUGCUGAGAGGAUCAUCAUUCUGAAGAUAGUCCACCGCAGGAUCAUCAACAGGUACACAUGGACAGACAGGAAGGCAUGCACUAACACAACACACACACACACACACACACACACACACACACACACACACACACACACACACACACACACACACACACACACACACACACUCACUCACUCACACCCCGCUGUAAGGGUCUGUACUAUGUCCUAUCUGAACAGUAUACUGUCUCAGUCCUCCUAUCUAAACAGUAUACUGUCUCAGUCCUCCUAUCUCAACAGUAUACUGUCCCAGUCCUUCUAUCUAAACAGUAUACUGUCUCAGUCCUCUUAUCUGAACAGUAUACCGUCUCAGCCCUCCUAUCUAAACAGUAUACUGUCUCAGUCCUUCUAUCUAAACAGUAUACUGUCCCAGUCCUUCUAUCUCAACAGUAUACUGUCUCAGUCCUUCUAUCUCAACAGUAUACUGUCUCAGUCCUUCUAUCUAAACAGUAUACUGUCCCAGUCCUUCUAUCUAAACAGUAUACUGUCUCAGUCCUCCUAUCUAAACAGUACUGUCUCAGUCCUCCUAUCUAAACAGUAUACUGUCUCAGUCCUUCUAUCUAAACAGUAUACUGUCUCAGUCCUUCUAUCUAAACAGUAUACUGUCUCAGUCCUUCUAUCUAAACAGUAUACUGUCUCAGUCCUCCUAUCUAAACAGUAUACUGUCUCAGUCCUUCUAUCUAAACAGUAUACUGUCUCAGUCCUUCUAUCUAAACAGUAUACUGUCUCAGUCCUUCUAUCUAAACAGUAUACUGUCUCAGUCCUUCUAUCUAAACAGUAUACUUUCCCAGUCCUUCUAUCUAAACAGUAUACUGUCUCAGUCCUUCUAUCUAAACAGUACACUUUCCCAGUCAGUAGAGGGCGCAUGUUAGUCAUGUUACUGAUGUAUUGCAUUUAAAAGGUAGUUCACUUUUUUGAAGUUCAGCAUAUUUUUGACCUCCCUAGGUUUUUUUGUUGUUGAAGAAAACAAAUUCCAAACAGUUUUUAAAUGUGUUUGCUGAUAAUUUAGCAACAUUCAGGAUGGCUUGCAAUUUUUGGAGAAGCAUCUAGCAAUGCUAAUUGGAAAAUAAUUGUAUUAGCGAAUUGUAUUAGCAGUGCAUUGAAAAGGGAGAGGCGGGUCACCACUGUGGAAUGCAGAGCUCAUACCCAAUGCUUCUGAAAGUGAUUGUUUGUUGUGGUGAAAUGCACUGAUGAACAUGCCCAUCCCUCUAGGUUCCAUGCAUUCCUGCUGUACUUGGGUCACCCGGCCUACGGUGUGAGGGAGAUCAGUGUCCACCGGUUCAGUAAGAUCCUCAGUGAGUUCGCUCUGGAGUACCGGACCACGCGGGACCGCGUCCUGCAACAGAAACAGAAACGAGCCGACCACCGCGAACGCAACAAGACCCGCGGCAAGAUGAUUAUGGACGUCAAUGCACCCGUGAGUACUGUACAGACACACACACACACACACACACACACACACACACACACACACACACACACACACACACACACACACACACACACACAGAUCAUGAUCAUGAACGUCAUGCCACCCGUGAGUACUGUGAAGAUUUAUACACACACACACACACACACACACACACACACAAUAGUGAAAUCAAAGCACACGUGAUCUUUGAUGACACACACUACUUGUGCACUGUAACCCCCAGGGCUGUGUUGAUCUCUGUACCCAUACAGCCACUGUUUAGAUGGGUCUCAGCAUUCAUCACGUUAGACCCCUAGGUUGCAUCUGCAGCAUUCAUCACGUUAGACCCCUAGGUUGCAUCUGCAGCAUUCAUCACGUUAGACCCCUAGGUUGCAUCUGCAGCAUUCAUCACGUUAGACCCCUAGGUUGCAUCUGCAGCAUUCAUCACGUUAGACCCCUAGGUUGCAUCUGCAGCAUUCAUCACGUUAGACCCCUAGGUUGCAUCUGUAGAUGUUGAUGUCUCAAGGCGCUCGUUGACUUUUCCAACCACAUGCUCAACAGUCACACUGGGGGGAGUAGCUGCUGCUUUCGCAACAGCUACUGGGGAUCCUAAUAAAAUACCAAAUACCUCUUAGAAAAAAAAAGUGCUAUCUAGAACCUAAAAUGGUUAUUAGGCUGUCCCCAUAGUAGAACCCGUUGAAAAACCCUUUAUGGUUCCAGGAAGAACCCUUUUGGUUCCAGGUAGAACCCAUUUGGGUUCCAUGAAGAACCCUUUCCACAGAGGGUUCUACCUGAAACCAAAAAGGGUUCUACCUGGAACCAAAAAAUGGUUAUCUUAUGUGGACAGCCGAAGAACCCUUAUGGAACCCUUUUAUCUAAGAGUUUUAGUAAGAACAACCAGAGUUGUAAAACAGUUAUAAAUCACAGAAUCGAUACAAUAUUCAAGUCGUUGAGCUUAAAGCACUAGAGGGGAAACCAUAGACAGAAUGUAUGACAUCAUAAGUGUGUCUGAAGACUCUAAUUAAGGCUUAUUCUCUAAUCUUCAUCAAAGUAGAAAUUGCUGAUAAUUACAGUGUGUAAUUGAGAACAAACGUUUGAGGAAAAGAUGGAGGACGUCUGUGCGUGUGUGCAUGGGUGUGUGAAUUGAACCCUGCGUUUUAGAAGUUAAGGGUUACUGUCAGGGAAAGUCCAAAAGGGUCACUUAUGGAGGUGCUCUUUUAUUCCUUCGCUUAUUCUUCUGUUCUCUCUUUGUCUUUCUCACUCUCUCCAUCUCUCUAUCUCUUUCGUUCUUCUCUUCUAAUCUCUUCUUCGUUCUUUCCCCCCGUGUAGUCUGAAGAAGAAGAGGAAAUGGAGGUAUCGCAGUCAGUUUCUGUGUGUCUUUGCACAUGCAUGAAAGUGUGUCCACUGUCAUGACACUCCCAUUCAUUGACCUUCCCCGUCUAUUAUUGUCUCUGUACCGUUUUCCUCUGUUAACUAUGGUCUGUGUGUUGUAGUCAUCUAUCUAACACUGAUAGUACUAUUGUCGCCAAGCAACACCUGUGAAGCUAGUUUGACUCUGUACUGUUCGAGAGGUUUCAUACAGAAUAACAGUUGUGUGACAUUUCUUUCUUUGUGUGUGGAUUCUAACAGCCUCUCUCUGUCUCUCUCUGUCUCUCUCUCUCUCUCUCUCUCUCUCCUCCGCCCCAGUCUGCAGGGCAGUGUGUUAGCAGCAGCAGCAGUGCCCCUGGUGGCGGGUUGGAGAGCUUGCAGCCUCAGGGUUUGGGCCAUGCUGAAGAUGCUGCGGAGCAUGAGUUCAUGAAGGCAGUACUGAAGACCAGCCUGCAGGGCGGCGACAGAGAGACAUCAGGGGUGCCGGGGCUACGCACACGUACCAGGUCACGGCCAGGCCGAGGAGGUGAGGGAGAUCACACACACACAGGCAGGCAGGUACACAUGAUUAUGUUGGUUAAUCCUUGUUCUCUCUCGGUUAAACCUCUCUCUCUCUCUCUCUCUCUCUCUCUCUCUCCCUACCCCUCCCUCCCUCUCUCUCUCUCUCUCUCUCUCUCUCUCUCUCUCUCUCUCUCUCUCUCUCUCUCUCCCCUCCCUCUCUCUCUCUCUGCCUCCCUCUCUCCCUCCCUCCCUCCCUCUCUCUCCAUCAGGUCGUGUACAACAGGUGCCGAUACCCCCCGCGGCGGUUGGGGUGGAGUCUCAGAGGUCAGGUGAUGAUGAGGCUGAUGAGAUCAUGGAUCGCAUCGUGAGGUCAGCCACUCAGGGCCCCAGUCAGAGAGCAGUGCCCCGGGAGAGGAGGAGGUCACGAGCCAACCGCAAAUCACGUACGUCCUCACUUACUCACUCCAGGAACCAAUCAUAAGGCUGCACGACAAAACGCUUUUAUUCUAUCCUUACUCACUCCAGGAACCAAUCAUAAGGCUGCACGACAAAACGCUUUUAUUCUAUCCUUACUCACUCCAGGAACCAAUCAUAAGGCUGCACGACAAAACGCUUUUAUUCUAUCCUAUAUAUAUAGUAGUAGCGCUGGGCUAAACCAAAAGCCUGAUCAUUGUGUAACUCUCUAGGACCAGUAUUAUGAUGCCUUUCUCUGUGUGUGUGUGUGUGUGUGUGUGUGUAGUAAGGCGGACUCUGAAGAGCGGUCUGACGCCAGAGGAGGCCCUACUCCUCGGGCUCUCCGACGCCUCCGAGAUGCCGGUGUGACAUCAUCGCCCCCGCCACGGCUCACCCGUGAUAACACGGGAUUGGGAGUGCCAUGGAAACACACCCUGGAACACCUCCGUGACCCCCAUGUCACGCUCCUGCCUUCACCUCGCCCCGACCCCCAAACCCCCCCCCCCCGUCAGCCAAUCGGGAGCCUUGUUAGUAGCUUCUGUUGUGCCGGUUGCGAAUCACGCGUUAGCUUCAUGUGUCUGUGGUUGAUAAUGGCGUCUUUGUUGAGGUGUGUCUUCGGAACGGGUGAGGGAAUGAAGGAGAAAAAAAGAGAGAGAAGGGAGAGAACACGUUAGAAAUGUAUUUUGUGGAAAAAGAGGCAAGAGGCAACAUGAUGGAAGUUGGUUUAAUGAGAAUGAAUCUUAAGGUUUUGUCAUUUUCAACAUGACUCUUGGAGAAAGAUUAAUCACGCUGAUAGGUUGAUUUUCAACAUGCCUCUUGAUUAGAGAGAUUCAUCGCGUUGAUUGGUGGAUUUCCAACAUGCCUCUUGAUUGGAGAAAGUUUCAUCACGUUGAUAAGUUGAUUUUCAACAUGCCUCUUGAUUAGAGAGAUUCAUCGCGUUGAUUGGUGGAUUUCCAACAUGCCUCUUGAUUAGAGAGAUUCAUCACGUUGAUAGGUCGAUUUGUAUUUAUAGAUUGUUGUUUAUUUAACUGUUACAGCCCUAUAGAUAGGAAACAAACAAAGGGAGAAUAGAUGUUGCUUGCUGCAAGUACCUACAGUAGGCCUAUAACUCUUUUGUAUUAAAGCUGUGAACUUCAGGGUUUAAAGACAGAAUAACGUUUGUCCAUCCUCUGUCCGUAAAGAUGGUGGUGGAGCAGACAUUCUAA